AUGGACGACAGCUUUGAAGUAGACGAACUUUACUUAAUAAAUGAAAUUGAAAACCAUACAACAAGCAAACAUGAACAAAACACUGAAUCACCAAACACUGACGAACAACAUACAAACGAACCUAAGAUUGACCAAAACAUUGCUGAACAUCCUAUUGACAGAACGAACAAUGACGUAGAAGACAUGGACAUAACCGAGGAUAAUAACAUUGACAACAACUCAAACCUAAACAAUUCUACUAACCAACACCCAACUCACAACAGUAACAACAUGCACGACCAUACACAUAAUAAUAUUGACUUUAUUGAC